UCUGGCGCCGUUCACGGAGUGGUCCGAACGGGGUCAUCUGCUUCUCCUCUGUGAAGUGUGGCCAGACAGGACUUGAAAUGUCACUUCUAAAAACACCGAUGGUAAAAUGGCUUAAAAAAGAGGGUUUUCCAGGCUUAACCUACCGAUACUUCUACAAAGAUACCUUUAAUAGCCCAUCAUCAACUGUUGAAAGAACCAAGCGAUCAGCAAAAAAUAAAACUGAAUCAGUAUCAGUAGGUGCUUUGCAACAUUUAAGCAAUGCUCUUAUAUUAGGUGCUACACUUUUUGGAAUAGCUCUGUUUAUUAUUGCGUUAGCAGGAUUUUAUCUAUACCUUAAAAGAAGACAAGUUUUAAAAUUUUUCAAUACUGUUCUGAAAGAUGGAAAAUCCUCUCCCAAGUCUAAAUCUACUGAUGCCCAAGGUUAUGCCCCUAUUUCUGUUUCACAGAAUUUUCAUUUUGUACAAUCAAAGGACUCAAAAAAGAAACAGACAGCAAUGGCAGCAGAUGUAGAAGCCCAUGCCAAAGAUCAUGGUGCUGUGAAAGAAAUAUAUGAUAGCUCUGAUACAGAAGGAAGUUCAAAAAAGUCGCACAGAGGUUUGAGUGUAAGAUCCAGAGCAUAUGUGUUUCCAUCUCGGUCCAGUGGAAGUGUACAAUCUUUCUAUGAUGAUAUUUGUGAUAUUUGCUCAGCGCAAUUUUCUUUAUCAGAUGAAUUUACUGUAGAAAAACCAUGUUCAAAUCUGCCCAGCACUACUACCAAACCAAAAGAAACUGUUUCUGUUGCAUGUCAAACAAACCAUUCUUUGAAAGAUGAUCAAAACUAUAAUAUUAAUACCGAUAUGUCACCACAGCUCAAGAAACCAACUAUUUCAAGAUCAAAAUCUGAAAAUGAUAUCGUAAAGGCUUCCUCCAGUAAUACAUCACGUCCAGUAGAAUUAUUGACUCAUGUUUCUGAAGUACAAAAUCCAUGAUCCGUAUGUUUAUAUCACAUUGAAAAAUUCGAAUUAACCUUAAAUGCUGAUGAUUAUAUUUUUUUCAUAAAACAACAAAGUUCUUAACUGAAUACAGUCACAUUAAGAAUAGCACACAAAGUUCGGUGAUGGAGUCUUGUUCCAGCUUUAUAGGAAGUUCUCCAUUCUUGAUGCUCCAUUUUAAGAUUAUGGUACCUCUGGUAUUUUUAAUCUGGGAUAUUUUGACCACAAAAUGUUUUGUAGACUCACAACAGUCAUGCAACAACAUAGCAUCCAUAAAACUUGUAGAAUGUAUUAUAAAUGGACUAAGAAUUAUACUGUUAGAAGACCUAUCCGGGAUUUAUUACAUCAAGACAUGCCCUCUCUGCAGGUUGUUCAAAUGAUUUCAAACUCCUCAAAGCAUUCAUGCAUUCAAUGUAGGUUCCUGUAGGGAUUUUGCACAUUCAGUUACAUUUAUGCUCGCUUUUAUGUGUGCAAGGAUGCUGAGGCUUUUUGGGAGUGUUAUUGUGAUAAAACUGACUAAUUCCUAAUCAGAACUAGAAAUUACCCAAAUUGUUCAAACCCAUCUGGGUGAAUUCAUGAUAUGAAUCAAUGGCAUUCGAGAUUUUGUUCCUGUGGAUCAUUGGCUCUUGUGGUAGCAUCAAGAGUGAAACCUGGCAUCAAUAAACAACGUUUUAUUAAUAAAUAUUGUAUUGUGGCCUAAGAGAACAUAGGUUUUGAUAAUUUUUACUGUCACAAUGAAAAACUAUUUAUUUAUUUUAUUUUUGAAUUUGUAUACCGCCCUUCUCCCUGAGGACUCAGGGCGGUGAACAGCCAAGUAAAAACAUCAAAUACAAAUAUUAAAAUACAGUUAAAAUAUACAUAUAUAAAUUUGGCCCCAUUAAUUAAAAACAAUAAACAAAACACUUAAAAACACUUAAAAAAUUAGGUGGAAAUUAGGUGGAAAAAUUGUGAUAUUAUUCAUGGGAUUGAGACAGUCUUGCCAUUAUAUACUUUUUCAUCAAAAACAAAUAUUUCAUUUGUGAUACAGUGUCAUGCAGUUUGGUUGUAUUGACCUAGUUGCAAAGUUCACUAGCAUAUAGUGAAAUUAUUAAAUAAAGUAGAAAAUUUUUCUUCUUUUAAAAGGGAAAUUGAAGUUCCAACUUGCUGGGGAAUUCAAGUCUUUGCAUAGCUUGACAAUGGAUGUAUGGUAAGGCAUUGAUCUGAAAAGAUAAUUCUGGAAUCUACGUAUGUGUAAUACGACAAAAUCAUAACAGCCAUUUUCACAAUGGAUUAGGAAGCCUUAUAAAUAAAGCCCCAAAAUGAUU